AUGUAUGGCUGCGCGAGCUGGGCCACAGAUGCCUCGGAGGAGCAACAACAACUGCUUUCCGAAUCUUCCACUGAAGAUGAAAAAAUUAAAGGGGCCAUAGCGGAGUUCAUGAACGUUGCAAGUGUACUGCAAGGUCAGAUAUUUGGCCCUAUUCUGAAGACACUGGUGGACGCGAUAAGGACGAGUGAACUCAACAUGGAAACACAGUUCUGGUACCUGCGGUCAAUGCUGGAGUGCGCCAAGACAGUCGUGCUCAACGAGCCUCUCAUCACUGGGGCCAAAGGGGCUCCCAAGAGCAGUCAGGCGGCUCAAAAUCCCGUGCUCUUUCGCCAGGUGGCUGAGCGUUAUGGAAAGUUGCGUCAAACAUUCCGUACAUUUAAGUUGUGCUUGGAGGAGGAGUUGUUGUUAUCGGAGAAUGCCAUACGACGAUCGCUCGUCACGUGCUGCGUGCACUGCCUUCAUGCCUUCACGACGUUUUAUGACGCCUUUGAAGCGCGACAUCAUACUCGACUUAUUCCGUCUGACGAGCAGCGGGACGCUUCGAUUCAUCCUUUGCUGCAGCUUUUUGAUACAGUCAAGGGACAAGGCAAGCAGGAGUAA